AUGUCUAUCUCAAGACUCUCUAUCCUCCCACGCUCCUCCAGCAGAUGUGCCUCGUCUACUCGGCCCGGCCGACUGUCCGGCAAGACCGCUCUCGUCACAGGCUCUUCCUCGGGCCUUGGACGAGCAAUCGUAAAGGCAUACGCCUACGAAGGCGCAAAUGUCUGCUGCGUUGACCUGUACCCACAUCUCCGCAACGCUACUAAUCCCGAUACCGGCAAAGCCGAUCACCUGUACAACCGCAUUGUAACUGGUACCCCAACUCACGAACUCUUAACGCACACGCAUGGUGGGAAGCACGUCUUCAUUAAAGCGGACCUUACGAGGGCUGAGGAGGUGGAAGGCGCAGUGCUCUCUUGCGUGAAGGAGUUCGGUAGGCUGGAUAUCAUUGUCAACAAUGCUGGGAUUUCCAUCGAGAGCACCCAUCUGCGCCCAAUGCGUAUUCACGAGACCGAUGAGGCGGAUUAUGACAAGACAAUGGCAAUUAAUACGAAGGCUAUGUUCUUGGGGUGCAAAUACGCGAUUCGGGAGAUGUUAAAGCAAGAGCUUUUGCCGGACUGCAUCGGCGAUAGGGGAUGGAUCAUAAACACUGCUAGCAUUCAAGGCUUUGUGGGCUACUUCGGAACGCCUUCCUAUGCGGCUUCCAAGGGUGCAGCUGUUAUGUUAACGCGCCAGGUCGCGCUAGACCAGGGCUUCCAACGAGGCGUAGUACUCCCUGCGCUAGACUAUGGAAAAGAAAGAAUACAUUGCAACGCUCUCUGCCCUGGCUUUCUCAAAACUGCAAUGACACAAAACAUCCAAAAUGAGCCGGAGACGCUGCGGAAGAUUAACGACGCCCAUGUGCUUGGGGGAAUGGGCGACCCGGACGAUGUCGCUCGUGUUGCUGUGUUCCUGGCGAGCGACGAUGCUCGCUGGGUUACCGGUGUGCCACUUCCCAUUGAUGGCGGAUUCCUCUGCCAGUAG